AUGCCGCAGGACACGGAACAUCUCGCACAGGCACUCCGCGAGCUGGCAAAGGGCGAGCAGGCCGCCGCGCGGCUGGAGACGAGCCUGGCCGCCCUCGAGGACAAGCUCGAUGCCAUGCUGGCUGCGGUGGAGGGCCGGCCUGCGGGGGGGGAGGCCGUGCAGCAGGCCGGUCGGGGCGACGGCGAGGUGGGCCGCGAGGGGGGGCGGGUGAGUGAAUGA